CCGUAAUCCGUAUUAUUGAAGUAUUUCCUACUAACACGAGAUUAGCAGAGAUUUUGGCAGAGAUUUGGCAGAGAUUUUGGCAAGGAUAUGCCAAUUCCGUGUCAAAAACACUUUGGCACGUGCUAUUUGGCACGAAAAAUCGGUAAGUCCGUGCCAAAUUCCGUGUCAAUCCCGUAUUUUUUUGUAGUGAUAAUUAUUGACUAAUUUUUACUCUCCCCGUGAAUUAUUAUCUCAUUAUUGUGCAUUCGGCAAGUGUGUUUUUAAAAGGCUAAAUAAUACUCACUCCAUUUCACUGGAAAUUGUCAAUUUUGUUUGUCUCAAAAAAAAAUUUCACUUUCAUUUUUAAGAAAUGAAUGAAUUUGUGACAGUGUUCGUUUCUCUCUAUCCUAUGCAUAAAUCAUAAUUACACAGUAUUUAUUAUUCUAAUUUCCCAUCCAACAACGUAAGAUUUAGCAAAAUUGAGUUGGACGGAGGAAAUAUAAAGGAUAAUAAGAUAUACGUCAAUUCAUUCACUAUUUCAAUUGCAGCCAAAUAUGCGUGUUUAAUGCAUUAGAUCAGAGAGGAUUAUGAUUUGUUUCAACUUUCAAUAAUGGAUGAUAUAAUAUGGUUGCCUUUGGCAAUCGGCUGAUCAGAUAAACUUUGGCUACUCCGACAUAAAUUAGCUGUUUGACUAUUCAAGUUUUUCAUUUGGAUUGAAAUUUUCUGAUCUGGUUUGAUCUUACCUGUUUAAGUCUAGUUUGACCCGAGUUGGACUGGUAGAUAUCUGAUCUUUGUGUAUUUUAAAAAUAUCAAAGUCUGAUCUGAUCUAUUUAAAUCAGAUCUAAUCUGAUUCGGUCUAAAAUAUAAUGAGACUGAAAUAAAUCAAAUUAAAAACAUUCUAGUUUCGUCAAUAUUAUGGUUUGGGUGGGACCUUUGCACGGUUGCACCGCAACAGAAUACGGAGUAUGUUUUCCUUAAAGGCAUACUCUUUAGGAUCGGAUAUAAUAAUAAUAAUUAAGAAAUUAGAGACAUGUUGGUGUGUGGUUUCCUCAUAGCCACUUGCUUUUGAGCUGAGAGUUCAUUUUCUUUAAAAGUGAAUGACUAUGAUAAGACGAUUCUAUAAAAUUUUUAGGUAUAUAACACUACAAAAAAAUUACGGAAUUGACACGUAAAUUGAUAUGGACUUACCGAUUUUUCGUGUCAAAUAGCUCGUGACAAAGUGUUUUUAGCACGAAUUUAGCAUUUUCAUGCUAAAAUCCCUGUCAAAUCCCUGUCAAUCCCGUGUUUUUUACUCCCUCCGAUUCUUGAAGAAGUUCCACAUUUGACUUCUUUGGAUUUAAGGGAAGAGUAAAUUAUUUGUUGACUUUCCACUUUUGCCCUUAAUGAGAUACACGGCCAUAUGAAAGAAGAAAAAGGGGGAAUGAAUAGUGGAAGGGGGGUAAAUAACAUCUAUUCCAAAAAAGAAAUCAUUACAAGUCUAAUCCCAUUUCUAAACACCAUACAUGUAUUUCGGCCAUACAAUCAAAAUUUCCCUCCCAAAUUUUAAUUUUCCCUCCCAAUUACAAAGUUUACACACACUUUCUAUGAUACCAUGCACAUAGAUGAGAAGUGGUUUUAUUUGUCCAAAGAAACCACCACUUUCUACACCACUCCCACUGAAGAGGACCCCUACAGGACUGCUCAGUCAAAAAAAUUCAUACCAAAAAUCAUGUUCUUAGCAGCUGUGGGGAGACCAAGACUAAGGGACAAUGGGGAAGUAUUGUGGGAUGGGAAAGUGAGGAUCUUUCCUUUCACUUAUGAAGACACAGCCAAAAGAAGCAGUAAAAACAGACCAGCAGGAACACUAGAGACAAAGGCAUCAGUAAGCAUUACACGUUUAGUCAUCAAAGAGAUGAUACUGAAUGAACUAUUGCCAGCAAUAAAACAGACAUGGCCAGAUGCAGACAACAGGAGAGUUAUUAUUCAACAGGACAAUGCAAGGCCUCAUAUUGACAUUAAUGAUCCUGAUUUUGUGAGAGAAGGGACUAAGGAUGGAUGGAAUAUCCAAUCGACAUGUCAACCACCUAAUAGUCCAGACCUUAAUGUCUUGGACUUGGGAUUUUUCAGGACAAUAGAUGCCAUUAAAGAUCAGAAAGCUCCAAAAACCAUCACUGACUUAAGUAGUGCACAUUUUUGUAAGCACAUAGUAGUUGGCAGACAAUACAAUGCAAUAUGUAUUGACCAACAUAGUGUACACCAGUUUAAUUUUUGCCCAAAUGUAAGAAAAUGGUGAUUUUUGUUAAUGUAUGCAAGUCAAAUGCAAGAUUGGAAUCUACCAUAAAGCAACACAAUAAG